AUGAAGACGACCUGCGGCAGAAUGUUGCCCGUCGUUGCCGUCCUGGUGGCGCUCGCCGUCACUGCCCACGCCGCGGCCGUCGGCCCGCCGAAGCGGAGAGGCCAGGAGAUCCACCUGUUCGAGGCCACGGUCCGCGUCCCGGACAACGGCGUGGAAGACCUCGAGGAGUACAACAACCGCCUGCUCGCCAAAGUGCUCGGCAGCGUCGAAGCAGCACGGAGCGCAACGUAUGAGAGUGAGCUUGGGCUAUUCAGCGCGUUCAUCACCAACAACCAGGCCCGUCGACUAUCAAGUGAGCUAAAUCCAUACUAG